GAGGGAACGGCGCACCGCUACGCUGCAGACUCCGUCAUCCCGACACGCUUCGCCUACGUAUUUAAACCUAAUGAGUGUGACUUUCACAGGCCACGGGCAGACUGUCUGACGGACUGCGCGUAAAUCUGACUAGACAGCGGCGCUGUGACUCAACAUUUCUGCCGUGAUUCCGAUCUUCUUCUGCAGUGGGACCACCCGUUACUCGGUACCAGAUGUUCUCCGCCAGACCAGACCUGCUCCGUUUGAUGCCGCCCAAGCCGACCGGAGCCUGAGCAGAAGGAUGCAGGUUAAAACCCAGAUCUGCUCGGAGAGGAACAGCUCGGACGACCCGGAGCAGGAUGAUAACGAGAAAAAGAUCUCUUGUUUUUCCAACAUUAAGCUUUUCCUGCUGGCGGAGUGCGCGCUCAUGUUGGCACAGGGCACUGUGGGCGCAUAUCUGGUAAGUGUUCUGACCACUCUGGAAAGACGUUUCAACCUCCAGAGUGCCGAUGUGGGUGUCAUUGCUAGCAGCUUUGAAAUCGGCAACUUGGCCCUCAUCCUGUUCGUCAGCUACUUUGGGGCCAAGGCCCACCGGCCUCGUCUGAUUGGCUGUGGUGGGAUUGUCAUGGCGUUGGGGGCACUGCUUUCAGCUCUGCCAGAGUUUCUGACUCAUCAGUACGAGUACGAGGCAGGGGACUCAUGGCAUGCUGAGGACGGCAGGGACAUCUGCUCAAACAAAUCCAGGUCAGAAAAUCGAGACUCUGGGUUUAACUGCAGCAACCGCUCCAACACCAACAUGAUGUACCUUCUGCUGAUCGGAGCCCAGGUUCUGCUCGGUAUUGGGGCCACGCCCGUCCAGCCUUUAGGAGUGUCUUACAUUGAUGACCAUGUCCAUAAGAAGGACUCUUCAUUGUAUAUAGGUAUCUUGUUUUCCACACUGGUGUUCGGCCCGGCUUGUGGCUUCAUCCUCGGUUCGGUUUGUACCAAAGUCUACGUUGAUGCCGUCUUCAUCGACACCAGUAAGCUGGACAUCACCCCGGAUGAUCCCCGUUGGAUUGGGGCGUGGUGGGGGGGCUUCCUCCUUUGCAGUGCCUUACUCUUCCUGUCGGCCCUCUUCAUGUUUGGCUUCCCCCAAGAGUUGGAUGAGCAGGACACCGUUGGAGGUGAGAGUGAACAGGCCAUGCUGCCUUCCUCCUUGUCCCAGGAGAGCCAGGACUCUAAAUCCAACGGAGCCUUCCGGGGCUUUGAUAUCAACAGUGGACUCUCCGUCUGGGAGCAUCUCAGAGUGAUCCCUCGGGUAACCAGACACCUCCUCUCCAACCCCGUGUUCAGCUGCAUCACGCUGGCCGCCUGUAUGGAGAUAGCUGUGGUUGCUGGUUUUGCCGCUUUUCUGGGUAAAUACCUGGAGCAGCAGUUCAACCUCACCACCUCCUCAGCCAAUCAGCUGUUAGGUAUGACUGCCAUCCCCUGCGCCUGUCUGGGCAUCUUCCUCGGGGGGCUCCUGGUGAAGAAGCUGAACCUUUCGGCUCUGGGUGCCGUCCGCAUGGCCAUGCUGGUCAACCUGGUGUCCACCGCCUGCUACAUCUCUUUCCUCUUCUUGGGCUGUGACACAGGACCUGUUGCCGGGGUCACCGUGGCCUACAGCAACGAGACUCUGCGGUCCUGGCAGCAGCCCGAGUCUGCCUGCAUCAGUAACUGUAACUGUUACACUGCUUCAGUGAGUCCCGUUUGUGGAUCCAACGGCAUCACUUACAUGUCAGCGUGCUUCGCCGGCUGCACCAAACCGAACCUGAGCAGCUGCGCGUGUGUGUCCAGCUCCGGCGAGGAUGCUGUGGCUUUACCGGGAAAGUGCCCAAGUCCCGGCUGUCAGCAGGCCUUUCUCACCUUCCUGUGUAUUAUCUGUGUGUGCAGCAUGAUUGGAGCCAUGGCUCAGACUCCCUCUGUCAUCAUCCUCAUCAGAACUGUGAGCCCAGAGCUUAAAUCGUACGCUCUCGGAGUUUUGUUCCUGCUCUUAAGGCUGAUAGGCUUCAUCCCUCCUCCUCUGAUUUUCGGGAUGGGCAUCGACUCCACCUGUUUGUUCUGGAGCUCAGUCUGCGGAGAGAAGGGGGCCUGCAUGCUGUACGACAACGUGGCCUACAGGCACUUGUACGUCAGCAUCGCCAUCGUCCUCAAGUCGUCGGCGUUCGUCCUGUAUGCCACCACAUGGCAGUGUCUAAGGAAGAACUACAGGAGGUACAUCAAGAACAGCGAUGGGUACCUGACGCCCACCGAACUCUUCGCCUCCAACGUGACUCUGGACAAUUUAGGCAAGGAGAUUACCCAGAAUCCGGCCAACAGGACAAAAUUCAUAUACAAUCUGGAGGACCAGGAGACAAGUGACAACAUGGAGUCCGUUUUAUAGUGCAACCAGGAGAUAUUCAUGUCGGUGUUGCAUCUGUCUGUGGCAUCGUCUGCUUUAAGGGUUGUAGAUUAUUUCCUCCCAAACAUCAAACCUAACUUAACACACGGAGAGAUGCUUCACAAAGUGCUCCGUCCAAGUUUGUAAUGAGAAUCAUAGCUGGCUUAGAGAGUUGACCUGAGGUCAUGUGUCCCCUCUGACAGUUACAUAAGAUUGAUGGCAUCAAAAGCAUCAAAUAUGGUCAUUUGUAUAACUUCAAGAGGAUAUAGUACAUCAGGUUGAGACUGCUACAACUUUACCAGAUGAGUUGCUUCCUUCAGUGUUUCUCAGGCGCGGAAAGAAAACACAAAAAUUACUCCUAACAUACUUUUGUCACUUUGACGUAGUGCAGUCCAGACCGUUCUAGUAACUAGAUACCAGCCUGAUGGGAGCCCGUCUCUCCAGUCAGCUUCCACUCAGAUCAAAACUAGUUUAUGACUAAAAAACUAAACAGUCUGGAGCAUUGGCAAGCACUUUGUCUUAAUACUAAAUUCACGAGUGUUGUAAAGUGACAAAAAUGGAAUGCUGGAAUGCUAAGGGGUUAAUCAAUAUUUGACCUUUUCCAGGCAAAUUUUGUUCCUCAUUUCUGUGUAAAAGUUAUGAAUGAUUAGUUUGCGACCUGUAGAUGGAGCCCUGAACAGCCAGAAGGCCUAAAGCCUGGUUUAUGCUUCUCCGUCAGCUCCACAAGGGACAGACACGCACGGAUUGACAGAAGCGUGUUGCUCUCAUACUUCUUCGUCUCCUGGGGAGUGUUGCAAAGCAAUUCCUCGGCAGGACAACAGAGGGCGUAGCGCUGUUCUGUGGUAUCCUGUCAUGUAUCGGUCCAAGAUCGUGUGUUUAUAUCGUGUUUUUUGUGUACAUAAGAGACUUUUAACACGGACAUAUUUGUCUCUCAUUCUCCCACCUCUUCAUGCGCUCCCCACCUCUAAACCCACAUUUCCUGUCAUUUCCGUCCACAAAUAAAACGCUUGCUGCGCAUCUUUUCACUCCUCCAGUCACCGGAGGAUGAAACGUUCAUAUUUUUAGAGUUUUUUCGCGAGGUAUUCUUCAAGCUUCUCCGUGUCUGCCGCUAGUUAUCCUCGGUUCUCUUUGCAAUGGCGGCACUGUAAACAACAGCGGCGUCCUGACCAAUCACAAGCUUGCGUAAUCCGUCUCGUUCGAUGGAUGUUUAAAAAAGUGGGCUCGACUCCGUACGUACUUGCAUGCCCUACGCAAGGACGGAUAAUGGCGUUGCGUGUCUCCGCACUGACGCAGACGGAGAAGCAUAAAUCAGGCUUUACAGCCAGGUGAAGCAGUGAUGUGGACCCAGAAUCUGGUGGUUUCCUUGGGCCAAACCUUUAAUUAUGCAGGGAGGACUGAUUACUGGUUGGUGUCAAGGUUUAAAUACUAACAUUGCUUUGAAGUUUAGAACACGUGUAGUCUUGUACUAGCCGUUAGCUCAUCAGUCCUGUAGGACGAUGUCUGUAAAGUGAGAUGCACGUAUUGCUGAGUGAGGGCAGUUGGGCUGGUGGAUCACAAGAGGGAAAUGAAUAGAAAAGACAACUAAUAAAAAAUGGACAAUGAAAGGUCCAAACUAAAACUCACCACAUUCUGGGGACAGUUAAGGAAGCUGUCAAUAAACUGAUAAAAAUGUUGCCUAAACACAAAGAAACAGAGAUCAUAACCAAUGGAAUAAAGCAAAGAAAAGCUCCACAUCACCAUGCCGAGGCUGUUCAGGAGAAGAGUUGUAAUUAUUUAUCACUUUUACACAGAAACACACCUCAGGAAUGUCCUGUUAUAGUAGGGAACUAAUAAUCAGUGGAAAAUAAUCCCCUUAGUCAAUUUCAUCCAUGCAGGAAAAAAUGCACAUUUUACCAGGCAGAAUUCAAACUUUAAACUAGACGUACCUAAAAACCAGCCAACAACAAUCAGAACUGUGCAUCAGCCUUCUGAACCAGGAACGCUGCACUUAACCGAUUUACUUUAAAUCUUAGGACUCUUGCUCAAAGUGAAGUAUCGUGCUGCAGACCCUUUAGGACAACCACAACCUGGACAUUUUGCUUAGAUGGUUUCCAAACCACAGGUCUGACUCACCACCAAAAUAAUGUCACGGGAAACGUAACGCCGUAAGCAAAUCGAUUAACUUCAGGGUGUGAUUGCCCCUGCAUGGAUCACACAGCAGCACGACGUUAAGCAGGGGGCUGUUUUGAUGGGAGAGUCCUCAGCCAGGAGAGAGAACCUGAAGGUACUCCAGACACCAGCUGGGAGCUGUCGGUGUCACAAAUUAACACGCAUGCUGUGGAUGCAUGCAAAUAAAAAUCAGUAUGAGGUGACAGAGCUGCUCAGGCUCUGUGGUUAAACACGUUAGAGGCCUCUGACUUCUGUUUAUGGCUAGAGAAGAGCUUUAUAAUGCAUACUGCAUUGAGAUGUUGACGGUUAAUAUUUUAUUAUGCCGACUCAUAAUCACUCACACUGAAGUGAUUCUUGUUAUUUUUCUUUAUUGAAGUUUACAUCCUGCACAUAUAGAUGAUAUAACCCGGCUUAUUCUGUGAGAUUGUUACAUGGUUUUUUCACAUCAAAAGCUCGUUAAUGCCACAGAUCUGAUUUGCUAAAUGUUGAAAGCCUUCAGCGUGUGAAGGCCGUCAGAAGAUGGAUUUAAAGUUAAGAGUGUUCCUUUGCUUGCAACAGUAUGGAUGCAAGAGCUCUGUGGUUAGGAGAAGGUCCAUCCUGGUUCUGUCCGCCUCUACAAAGGAUUCUUCUUUUGGGUUUGCUUCAUACAUAAACUAGAGAGUAGAAACAGGAGCUUUUUGUUUUAGAUGAGUUUCUAAUCCUGCCAGCAAACGCACAUGAUUCCCGCAACACUGAAAGCUCGCCAGGGUGUUUUGGUGGGUAAUGAGGUUAACAGGAGGCGGUAAUGAGCUGACUUUGAAGGUGCUGGCAGGAGGAGUUUUGCUUCCUGAAACGGCCAUGCUGAUUUCACAGCUCAAAACAAACCCCUGAAAAUAUUCAAAUGUUCCUUUGAGCUCACAAAGUCCUACCGUUGGGUUUUGGAGGGGUAUGCCACUUUCUGUGUUUCGAGUUUCUACCAAAGUAUUUAUUGCAAACAUUUCUAUAACUGGAAUCUAAAAAUGAAAACAUCUUAGAAGUGAAAAUAGAGACACGGAGAGAUUUGUUGGUAUGGUUGAGUUUUGGACAGAAAGCUCCGGAAAAGUUUCAAACUGACUGAAGUAACGAUGAUUAAAGAUUCCCUGAGAGAAUCAGCUAAUGAUAAUCAGACCUAGCUUUUGAUUUGUGGUUUACCAGAAAAAACAUUUAAGGGGCCUUCUCAUGGAAAAUCCACUUUUUUGAGCUUUUUACCAUGUGAUAUUGUUAUUUCCUCAUGAAAACAACCCCCAAACCCGUUUUGGGCUACAUUCAUGCAUUUUCCCGUAUCAGCAGCACGUUUAGAGUUUUAGUUAGAAAAUUCCAAAAAGUCUGAAAGAAAACUAAUUGCGUCAUCGGGCAUUUCUCCUCUUAUGGUGGUUUAGGUUCUGAAACCUGGAUAUUUUGUGAAUAUUCUGACAAAUUCUGCAUUGAGGAUAAAUCCGUCGUAAAAACGCACCCUGUCCACAAAGAUUCAUGUGAUGGCCAGCACAGGACCAGUGUUAGGCGACUAUUGUUUUUCAGCAGAUUUGGUGCACACACCGGUGCGCCGCUUCUCAGACCUAAAAGUUUCCAACAUCAUAGAUGAGCUUCAGACGGCAGGUUUUGUUGUCCUAUUUCCUGAUAUUUGGACAUCUCACCCUGGAUUGGAUACUAGCAACGUGGAUGUUUUAUCUCCACAAAUUAUACAAGCCAGGAGCUUCUGCUGUGUGGUGGUAUUGCUAAUGCUAACGAUUAGCUUCAACUAGCCGAGACGUUCGCUGCUGUUUCCUGGACAUUAAAACAACAACAGCCUUCCCCGUUGUGAGUCAAAAUGAGUGAGUCUAUGAAUAGCUGAACAUCAUCCUCCCCUAACCCUCCCUCCAGCCGACAUACAGCAUCAUAUUCAGAAUAUUGGCGCCGGUGUCGGUACAGGAUCGGCUCGGGGUCCUUCGACUGCAGAUGACGUUAAAGUAGUUGAUUGGCUGAACAUGAAGCUUACGGAAGUUACGUUAUCACGUCAUGAUUUUGAUUGGUCAGAACAAAUUAGCGGUUGUAGUCCUGUAGUUCAAAAAUCAACACUUUUUGGAGAAAAUAUGUUUGAAUUUCUAAAGGAAAUGUAAAAUAUAAGCAAAUGAUAAACGGCGACCCUCAACAGUUCUUGUUGUUGAUGAAAUGGGGCAAAAUAAAAUAUAAGAACUUUAUUGAAAGGCACCAAGCAAUAUUUUGAGUCAAAGAAUGUAUUUAGAUAACAACUAAGGAAAUAUACAGACAAACUCCACAUUAAUACAAACAGAUAUGGCUUCACGUAUAAGAACUGUUCUGUUUUUUGUCAGUCCGAUGUUGGUUUCAUGCAGUUUCACAUUCUUUACAAAACAAAGAUAAUAUGGUGUUUUAUUAACAAAUUACAAUUAUAAAGAAACCAUUUAGGUGUUAACAAACAAGAAUUUAUUAACAAAACUGCUGAUGUCUUUCCAAAACGUAUGUGUGAACGCCGAGUAAAUUUGCAGUCAUGUGACGUCAUCAGCAGUCGAAGGACCCCGAGCCGAUCCUGCACCCGAGCAGAUCCUGUACCGACAACGGCACGCACAUCUAACUAUGAAACCCAAGACCAAAUCACACGGUCCCAGCACCCGGGCCCUCCAAAAUGUUCUCAAUAAUGAUUCAAACAGCACUGUGACUGUUUUAGUCCCUUUAGAGGAGCAAACUGACUAAUUACAAGGGUGAAGACACCUUUGAUGCUGAUUAUGACACACCUCAUCAACUUGUUCAACUUGUCUCUAUGGUCUAGUUAUUUCCACUCUUCCCGCAAUCAUAGAUACCAUACUAUACCGUACCAUACCAGUUUAUUCAUCAAGCGCGUUUAAAAACAGCAUGUGAGCUGACCAAAGCACCUCACAGGUCAUGGUAAUUAUACUAGACCAACAAGCCAUUACAACAAAGAAUAAAACAAUAAAUAUACAACAAAGGACAUCCAAUAAGCCAAUUGAAAUAGUCAGUGAAACCAGAUAAAAUACUAAUAAAACGAUAACAAAAGGCUAAAAUAUUGCAUAGUGGAGAUGCAUGAAUCAAUAUAAGAUAAAAAAAACAACCUAAAAGUUAAAGUGACAGUGUGUAUUUUCCCUGGCGAUAGGGGGCAGUACAUCCCUAAAUCACUGCAAACAAGCAGUAUUUUUGUGUUCAAAUAAGAUCUUACCAACAGAUGGCCAUUAGGGUCAAAAAUCCCUGGGAACACAACCUCCAGCAAAAUAACAAGAUCAUCAGACUUCCUUUCGUCACUGGCAAUGAGUGAAGAGGUAAAUGUGUAACACAAAGUUUAUUAAUGGUGAAAGUUUUGUAACCGUUUGUUACAAAUAAGUAAAUGCAUUUUGUCCUCACGGGCUUCCGUAGAAGGAAACAUGGCAUGCAAUAUGGCGUCGCCCAGAGACUUAGAACCGCUCAAUGUAUUUUAGAACAGAUUUUUAAACAACUGGGCAUCUUUAAAUUAAAUUACAACAUCUCAAUAGAUAUUUCCAGAGAUUAAUGGUAAAAACUACACAAUGUCACUUUAAAAAGUAAAACAUGACCCAGUUCAUGAUUUAAAAGAGAGAUCAUAAAAGUGGGUUUUAAAAAUUGCAACUGUAGGUGAUUGGCAGAUUGUGAUGGGCAUUGUGGGUUUACAGAGAAGCAGGCGAUCAGCCGACCGCUGUGGGCGCAUUGGCACAUAUGGCUUAAGCUCAUUAUUUUAGUGCGGGCCAAUUGCAUUUGUUUUUAAGUUACAGGUCAAACUGGAAAAAAUGAGAAUAUAGUGCCAAAGUCAAUUUUUGUCAGUUAUCCAACUUAGACAGAGAGACCAUCUAAAGGCUCAGGAACCAUUUGUAGAUGUUUUAGAUGCAUUAGCUGAUUAGAGUGUGACACUUUCAUCAGCUGUAAGCCAUAAUCAUCACAAUUAUAACAAAUAAAGGCAGAAAUAUCUGGGUUUGCAUGAAAUGAGUCUAUCUUAGUUUCACCUUUAAGUUGAAUUACCGAAAUUAAAACACUUUUGCACUACAUUCUCAUUCUUUUACCUGUAUUCUGUUGAACCACAAUUCAAAAACGGCAUCUGAUCUUUAUUAGUUGAUAUUCAUGAAAAUAUUUACAAUUUUUUAUUUGCUCACUUUCAAAUAAUUCCAGGUUUUUCCUUCAGUAUCAACAAUUUAAUUCAGAUGAAGUGGUCAAAACACAGCAACAGUAGUUUCCUGUUUAUGACCAGACCUAAACCUAACCAGAGUCUGAGUGUAAAUAUACCAGGAUACUUCAGAGAAAUAUGAAUUAUUGAAGAUGUUCUUAGUUUCUUCCAUCAGCUGAUGCAUAUAAGGAAAACAAAACAGUAGGAAGCACAGGUGAGUUGGAAAACUAAAAAGAUAGUUUACCUCGAACAGGUGUUGUCUCAGAUAUCAUCAUGACGAGUCCUAGUGUUUUGUUGGUAGCAGUGCCAAAGUGACACCUUCAAAGUGUUCUGCUCUCUGUUACCUUCCCGCAGCGACCCCCACAUUUCAAGUGUGUCCUAAAACGUGUAGAAACUAUUGUACAUGAGACUAAAGAGCAGCACCAUGUGACACUUAAUAACUGUUAAUAUUUAGGACUUUUCUACCUGUGCAGGUCAUGUCUUUGCUGCGCAUUGCAGUCAACACUUAGAAGUGACACUGAUGUUGGGCGUGCCUUGUACAAACAAAACCGUGAUGCAGAAAAUCAGCCAGACUUCAGUCGCAGUUCUCCUCUGAGUUGUUUCUGACAGCAGAUGUGUGCCAUAUCAACAGCAACACUCAACAAUAAUUAAAGAAGUAAAUAAGAACAAUGUAAAAAAGCAGCAGAUACAUCGUAGGCGUGUCAGAUGUGCUGGCGGCAGGUGCAACUGCACUCGCUUGACUUUUCCUUUUGACCUGCGGCCAUGGGACUGUUUUCUCUUGGAGCUUACACGUGCUUGAGACGUUUGCCUUGUGAUGAGAAAAUAAUUUUAGAGUAGAAAUGUUUUUUACAUCCUGAUUUUCUCAUUAAUCUCUUGAUGGCCUUGCUUGGUGGUUGACUUUACAGUGGAACUUUAGUGAUAGAUUAUUGGCAUAUGAAGAGUUUACUACCCAAAUAUUUUAUCAGAAAUGUUCCAUUUCACUGUUUUAUUUUAUAUAUGGUCAUAGAUUUUAUUAUUGUGAGUUCAAGAGUAGAAAACUCUUCAUAAACAAGUGAUCGUUGGUUUGAGCAUCAGCAUGUUGCCUUUGAUUUAAGUGAAACCUUGAGCUAACCAUGUUGGCGAUGGUUUACAAUCAGCAUGUCUGCUUAUAUUCCAGCUGGUAUUCAGUGUUGACUUUGAAGACUGUUUGCAGGAGAUCUGUAAAAAGCAGAAGUGUGCUGAAAUAAGAAAAUAUUGCCUAUAUUUUCAAAGCUUCAAUUAAUAUUUUUAGAUACUCCCUCUGAUUUCUCUGAAGCUAUUUUCUUUUAUUUCGUGAGUUUAUAUUUAAAAGCUUUAAUUUCUGUAUAUAUUUGAGAUGAAAAGAUGAUUGUAUGUUUAUUGUAAAUACAUUAAAUAUAAUAUUUUCCUUUUC